CCUUUACCUUUUGCAAUAAAGCAAAAAAUACCUUAAAUAAAAAUUAAACCUUGAAUACCACUCAAAAAUAAAUAAAAAAAUUAAAAACUCACACAGCAUCCUUCCCCUGUUUCAAUUUCCCCCUUUUCUCCUUCAAGUCUUCCCACCUUCUUCAAUCAAUCAACUCCUCACACACUCCAAAAACUUCAACCAAAACGAUGCUCGAAUCUUGAAAUCUCACACAAGUCUUCGAUAAAUCAAAAAGGGUGAGAAUAAAAAACGUUUCUUGAUGGAUCCGAAGAGCUCUAAGCUGCCGCAGGAGAUGGUGAACAACAACAACAACGGAGAGAACAGAGAGGUGAAUAAUUUGCAGAUUGUGGUAGUCGAGAAGGACGACUCGAAGAAGCACGCGCUCGGUCCCAAGCGGAGCUCCAACAAGGAUCGCCACACCAAAGUCGAGGGCCGCGGCCGCCGAAUUCGGAUGCCGGCCCUCUGCGCCGCCAGAAUUUUCCAAUUGACCCGAGAAUUAGGGCACAAAUCCGACGGCGAGACCAUCCAGUGGCUGCUGCAGCAGGCCGAGCCCUCCAUCAUCGCCGCCACGGGGACCGGCACCAUCCCCGCCUCCGCUUUAGCCGCUGCCGGCGCCGCGAUUUCCAGCCAGCCCACCUCGAUUUCGUCGGGCCUUCACCAGAAAAUCGAAGAAUUGGGGGUUAAUUUGGGCGGGAGCCGGAGCCCCUGGCCUGUGAUUGGGGCCAAUUUGGGGAGGCCGAGCACGGGACUAUGGCCGCCCCCGGGGUUCGGGUUUCAUACAUCCUCAUCCUCUGCGGCGUCGUCUGGUCCGUCAAUGGCGGCGGCGGAGAAUCCUAGCUAUCUCCAGAAAAUGGGUUUCGCCGGAUUUGAGCUGCCCGGGGGGAAUAUGGGGCCCAUGAGUUUCACCUCAAUUUUGAGCGGGGGCAGCGGUCAGCAGCUGCCCGGAUUGGAGCUUGGAUUGUCACAAGAUGGAAAUAUUGGAGUGCUGAAUUCUCAAGCAUUUGGGCAGUUUUAUCAGCAGAUGGCGCCGGCGGCGCGUGUCUCCCACCACCAUCUAAAUCAUCAUCAGCAGCAGCAGCCUCACCAACAACAGCAGUCGCCGAAGGAUGAUGAUUCUCAAGAAUCAGGGCAGUAGAUUUGGCUGAAAAACUGAAACUUUAAUACUGAAAAAAAUGGUUGCUUUGGUUUUUUUGGGAAUGAAUUGUGAGGGUGAUUGGUUUUUCUUUUUUCUUUAAUUUUUUUUUGUUGCAUUAGUGUAAAAAAUCUCAAGAAUGAUAGAUAUGUUCAUCCUACCCUCAGAUAGAUACCAAUUUAUUUUAGUUUCUGGCU